AUGUUGGUGGAAGUCGCUGAAAGACUUCAAAGAGUGCUGGAAUCAGCAGCCCAGCAUCUAUACAAUGGUGAUCACAUUAGUUGCUCCCUGGCGCUACUGCCCACUGCUGCGAUGGACACAAUGCCACACCCGUGGGGAAUGGCAGAUGUCGUUAAGCCACAGCAGCAACAGCAACAGCAAUCAUCACAGGUUGAAUUGAUUGUGGGCCUGAGCAAAACGAUUGUAUCAGAUGCCCUCACAAGAUAUCUUUUCGAAUUGCGGAAACGAAAAGAGCAACAGACAUCUCAACUGUUAACAACGGAAGAGAAGAAAACGGGUCCAACACUUCUGGCGCCUCUUGUGCCGUAUCUCACAACGGAGAUUGUGUUAUUGGCGUUAUUAUUUCUACCAUCUCAUUGUACUCUUUGGAAUCAACGACGUCAAUCACUAAAUACAUUUCUUCAUAGCGAUAGUGUUGAUAUGCAUGAUGGCCAACACCGUCGUCGUUCUAUUCUUAUUGUUUUAUUGCAGGAAUUACUAUUCACAUCACUGCUAUUGAGUUUUUAUUAUAAGAUGCAGGAAGUAUGGGUAUAUCGCUGGUGGAUUGUACAGGAAUUAUUGAAAAGAGGUGGAAUCAAUGUGGAAGCUUUCCUUUGGCAUGAUCGUCUAGUCUUGCAGGAAGCAGCUGAUAAACAUCUUAUGAAUUAUAAUGCGUGGAAUUACCGAAGGAAUGUUUUUACACGUAUUCUGGAAAUGGAAAAGAAUGAGACGGAUGUAGACAUUGAAGAAGAAGAAGGAAGAGGAGGAGGAAGAGUGCAACAACUGUUUCUUGAAGAAACGAAUAUUACUUUACGCUUCUUUGAGACUCACAACGCUGACACCUCCGCUGUAUCUUAUCUUAUCUUUCUUCUCCAGCAAGCUUCUACUAUCUUUUCUUCUUCUUAUCCUGAUGUUACUAGUGACGAUCCAUUAUCCCAAUGGAAGUUAUUUCUCCCUUUUCGUAUUUGGCGUUUACUUCUGCAAGCCAGCGCGCGGGAGUUAACACGACAUUGCGAUAAGGGACAUGAGGCGGUGUGGGUAUUGCGAUUGGCACUCAUGCAGUGGGCGCUGCAAACACGGCCGCCGUGUGGAUGGACACUGCGGGAUGAACUCGAAUACAUUAUGUUGUUUGCAGCAGCCGCCACUAGUGUGUGGAGAGAUGAAGAGGAGGAGGCGAAGAUUAGAGAUGUCACGUGGUUGGAUGUCUCGGGUUCAUACAGAUGGACAUCAUUCCACGCCGCACGUUAUGGUCUGCAAUUACUGCAGAUGGUGCAAACUGCGGUUUGA